GUAAUAAUAAAACAUUUUUAAAAAUAAAAAUCUAUAAUAAGGCACGAACUACAUUAUUAUUUAUAAAUAAUAAUAAUAAUAUUAUUUGUAUACGACUUCUGCCGCCGUAUUUGAUUAGUAUUGCAUAAGAAUAUUAUAGUCGUCAUUACCGUUCGCGUUCCCGACCGUGGACCACUGGUCAACUGGUGCGGCGUAAGACUCGAUCGAUACCCUUUCCGAAUCCGGUUGAUACAACGCCUGUGUUCGGCGUAAAAAAUUUAAUACAGAUCAUAAUAUUUAUUAUUACUAUUAUUAUUAUUGUUAUCACCGUCGUUUCGCACUAGACGCCGUGUGCCGUGACCCAAGUCAUUGUGACGACCAAUUAUAGGUAGGUACCGUGUUUAGUAGUAAUAUGCUAUUGUAAAACACGAGACCGGCCACGGUCUCCCACGGUCGUUUCCAUCUGAAAAUGUAGUUGUGCCCGCGACCGGAUCGACCUGCAGCCGUCAGCGUCGCGACCAACAAUGGCCGUCUGGCUGGAAGUGCUAUUCGUGGCGUUUUUCAUCUCUUUGCCGUUCCUCUACGACUCGCAAAGAACGUUCCGCUACCACUUCCGUCUGGCCAUCUUCUUUGUGCUGUCUUCCCUGACGUCCCUGUUGGCCGUCUUCCAGUUCAAACAUCGGUCCAGGUUGAUUGCAUAUUUUGGACAACAAAUCUCAGAUUUAUUGUCUAUUGAAUGGCGCCUACACGGAAAACAAAAUCUAUCAUCAACACGUGCAAGAGUGGCUAUUAUAAAUUAUCAAACUGACAUUGAUACAUUAGGACUCUUGCAUUUAGUGUAUUGUCAAGAGAUGGAACUGAAAAUAAUUUCUGAGACAAAUUUCAUCACCUUAUGGCCAUUUUCAUUUUUUCCAUGGCUAAUCUCAUUGGCCCUGUUUCCUAUUCAAUUUUUUUAUACCAAUUUGAGGUUGUUGAAUUUUUCUGCAGCUUUAAUUGAUUCAGAGCCUACAAUUCUAUUGGUAUCUACUACAAUGACAACUGAAGAAACUAUUAAAAUGGCUUUUAAAAAAAAAUUACCAGUUCAACCGAUUGUAUUUUCCAACAACUAUUUCAUAAACAAAGAAAAACAUAUGUUUGAGCCAGGUCGUGUAAUAAUAUCUGUGAUGCCAAUAAUAGAAACUGAUGGUUUAUUGCCAAAUGAUAUACCUAACUUCAGUAAUGAAGUAUAUUCCAAAAUACGUGCAGAAUAUGACAGUAUAAGUAAAAUAACUCAACUGGGCGACUAUCAGACACCAUCUUUUUAGGCCUUAGAGUUAAUACUAUUAAUAAUACUCUUCCAUG